CUAUUCCGCCAAAACCAAAUAUAACGAGGAAGAAACAAAACCAAACACAUCCGAAUGCUGUAUUUUGAUUGUUCUUUAACAGCGGUUACUUACUUAUUACGUCUUAUUCACCAUCAACUUAAGAAACAACUUUUGUAAAGUCCCGAGGCAGUGGCUGUAAGGUGUAAUGGCAGGCAUGAUCCGGAGAUUGAAUGAGACGGUUGUGAACCGCAUCGCUGCUGGAGAAGUCAUUCAACGACCUGCUAAUGCGAUUAAAGAAAUGAUUGAGAACUGUCUGGAUGCAAAGUCCACGAACAUUCAGGUGUCUGUCAAAGAGGGAGGCCUGAAGCUGAUUCAGAUUCAGGAUAAUGGCUCUGGAAUUAGGAAAGAAGACCUGCAAAUUGUAUGUGAGCGGUUCACAACCAGCAAGCUUCAAACCUUUGAGGAUCUUACAUCUAUUUCAACCUAUGGAUUCAGAGGAGAGGCACUUGCCAGCAUAAGCCAUGUAGCCCAUGUUACAAUUACCACAAAAACAGCAGAUGAAAAAUGUGCUUACCGAGCAAGUUACUGUGAUGGGAAACUAAAGGCCCCAGCGAAGCCUUGUGCUGGAAACCAAGGGACACUGAUCUCAGUAGAAGACCUGUUCUAUAAUGUACAAACCCGAAGGAAAGCUCUCAAAAGCCCCAGUGAAGAAUAUUCCAGGAUUGUGGAAGUAGUGAGUAGAUAUGCCAUUCACAAUUCUGGGAAAAGCUUUACUGUCAAAAAGCAUGGAGACAUGGUGGCUGAUGUGAAGACUUUGGCUAAUGCCUCAGUUUUGGACAACAUUCGUGUGAUAUUUGGAGUAGCACUAAGCAGGGAGAUGAUGGAAGUGGGGUGUGAGGAUCAGAAGCUUGCUUUCAAACUAAAGGGUUAUAUAUCAAAUGCUAACUACUCAGUCAAGAAGUGUACCUUCAUCCUGUUCAUCAAUCAUCGUUUAGUGGAAUCCAGUGCCUUGAAAAAAGCCAUUGAAGCCGUCUAUACAGCAUAUCUUCCCAAAAACACACAUCCUUGCCUUUAUCUCAGUUUAGAAAUUGCACCUCAUAAUGUUGAUGUGAAUGUGCACCCCACUAAGCAUGAAGUGCAUUUUCUACAUGAAGACUGCAUAAUUGGAAGCAUUCAGAAACACAUUGAGAGUAAACUACUUGGAUCCAAUUCUUCCCGCACUUAUUUUACACAGGCUUUACUGCCUGGGCUUUCAGCAUCUGUCAGUGGUGUAAAAACCUCAAGCAGUUCAACUGCUGACCCCAGUGAUCGUGUCUGUGCUAAUCAAAUGGUGCGAACUGACAGCAAGGCCCAAAAAUUAGAUGCUUUUCUACAGCCAGCAAAUAACCUUUCUUCAGUUCCUUGCCUUGUAGCAAGUCUUCCGGAACCUGCCCUAGCUACUGAGAAGUUUGCAUAUGAAAUAAACGAUUGUCCUGAGGAUUUUUUGGCCAAUGCAUCAAAUGACAUGAUGCCUGAUGGUGCACAGGUCCAGUCAGAGGCACCCGUGAGCAGUACUAUUGAUUCUGAUGUGGAAAUGGAAGAUGUGACUGUGUCCUGCACUCCCUUGAGACGUGUCAUCAGGCUAACCAGCGUGAAGGAGCUACAAAAUGAAAUCACAGAUCAAGUUCAUGAAGGUUUGCAGGAGAUGCUGCAUAAUCAUUCAUUUGUUGGAUGCAUCAAUCCCCAGUGGUCUCUAAUCCAACACCAAACCAAACUGUACCUGUUAAACAAUACUAAGCUCAGUCAGGAGCUGUUUUACCAGAUUUUGAUGCAUGAUUUUGGUAACUUCAGUGUUCUUUGGUUCUUGAAUCCAGCCCCCCUGUAUGACUUAGCCAUCUUGGCACUGGACUGUGAGGAAAGUGGCUGGACAGAGGAGGAUGGGCCUAAAGAAGGGCUGGCCCAGUAUAUAGUAGAUUUCUUGAAAAAAAAAGCUGAAAUGUUAGAAGACUAUUUCUCUGUGAAGAUAGACAUGGACGGGAAUCUGACUGGUCUUCCACAUUUGCUGGCUAACUAUAGUCCUGUAAUGGAGGGUCUGCCAUUGUUCAUCCUGCGCUUAGCCACAGAGGUGAAUUGGGACAGUGAGAAGGAUUGUUUUCGUGACUUCAGUAAAGAGUGCAGUUAUUUCUACUCCGUAAGAAAAGAGUACAUAUUGGAGAAAGAAACAGAGGCAGAGAAGAGCUGGCAGUGGAAGGUUGAACACAUUCUCUUCAAAGCAUUGCGCUCUCUUAGCCCGCCUAAACACUUUAGUGAAGAUGGCAGCAUCCUCCAGAUAGCGAACCUUCCUGACCUCUACAAAGUGUUUGAGAGAUGCUAAAACCCACUGUAGAAACUUUUUUAUGUAACGUUUGUGCUUUGAUGGAGAAAAAAAAAAAAAGACAGGCUUCAUGAGUCUGAGAUCCUUAUUCAGGCUUAUCUUUGUUUUCUUUAUUUCUUUAUUUUUUACCUGUAUCCAUCUAUAUUCUACCUUUAUUCAUAUUCUGUUGAAUGAAUAGAUAAAUAUCUGUAUACAAAUGUUUAUAAAUUUGAACUUUGUAGUGUGUUUACAACUAAUAAAUAUUUUUAUUUUUUAA